CCUUCCCUUUGAAGAGAGAAAGAAGGCUAGCAAGGCAAAGCAAUAACGAUUAUCGAGACGGUUACAUAGACAAUUUUCAUAGUUUCAAGUAGCGAAGCCACAGUAAACGGCCGAGGCAGGUUGACACAGGACCCAGUGGCCAUGGCGUAUGCGUACCUCUUCAAAUACAUCAUUAUCGGAGACACGGGUGUUGGGAAAUCAUGCCUAUUAUUACAGUUCACAGACAAGCGGUUUCAGCCGGUGCAUGACCUCACUAUCGGUGUGGAGUUUGGGGCGCGGAUGAUCACUAUAGACGGUAAACAGAUCAAGCUGCAGAUCUGGGACACGGCCGGCCAAGAAUCCUUCCGCUCAAUCACUCGGUCCUACUACAGAGGGGCAGCCGGCGCCCUGCUAGUGUACGACAUCACAAGAAGGGACACCUUCAACCACUUAACAACCUGGUUAGAGGAUGCUCGCCAACAUUCCAACUCCAACAUGGUCAUCAUGCUCAUUGGGAACAAGAGUGACCUGGAGUCCAGGAGAGAGGUGAAGAAGGAGGAGGGAGAGGCCUUCGCCAGAGAGCACGGCCUCAUUUUCAUGGAGACCUCCGCCAAGACUGCAUCCAACGUAGAAGAGGCAUUCAUCAACACAGCGAAGGAGAUAUACGAGAAGAUUCAGGAGGGUGUCUUCGACAUCAACAAUGAGGCUAACGGUAUUAAGAUCGGGCCCCAGCACGCUACCACCAACUCCACUCUCUCCGGUAGCCAGGGGGGUCAACAGGCCGGAGGGGGAUGCUGCUGAACACCCCUCGCCCCUCUGUCCCAUACCACCCCACCUUGCCCCGCCCCUUGUGUUUCUACUGGACUGGUCGGGCUCACUAACAUUUUCUUAACCCCUCCCCACAGCCUUGCCAAUGGAGAGUCUAAUCGUGUACUAGGUGUCUGUCAGUCAAAAAUACCAAGCAAAACACAUUAAAGUACCCUGGUCCUGGUGCAAAACAUGCCCCUGUAUAAGAGCAUUGGAGCCUGUCUUGGUUGUAGAUUGAUAGGUUGUUACUGUUGUGUUGAAACAGGCAGGGUGCUUUAGGAUUGGGACUCAUCAUAUCUAUCUGUACAUCAGUUGUGGAUAAUGUCUCUUUUUUUUCACUCCCAAGUAAGGAUUUUUUUUGUGCCCUUUUGACUUAAAAGCUUAAUUUGUAUUUAACACUACAAUGUUGGUCAUCGAUAGUAUUUUAAUCGGUUUCAUGUGGGAGAAAGAAAGCUUUGGGGAAGUGGGGUGAACUCGAAGUUUGAAAUAAAAGAAACAGCUGUGUCGGAA